GUGGUUACGAGAUCUGAUAUGCCACUUGAAUUAAUAAAAGAAGUCAAUGGAGUGCCUGAAGUUGAUCUGCUAAAUAAAUUACACAAAGUAGAUAUCAGAUCCCUACAGCCAGGUUGUGAUUAUGACAAGAAAUAUAUCCAGGGAAAACUCUCGCUUAUCUCUUCUUUAAUUUGUGGUGAAAACAGAAGAGCUGUUUUAAAGAUUGGACUUCAAGAACAAGAUAAUUCGAAUUCAGACAUCAGCAAGAUCAAUAUAUUAUUUUUUGGAAACUUAGCAAAGGACUGUGCUAAAGUUUUCUAUGAAGGGGACACCAUUGCAGUGGCUGGAUUUGUUGUUUUGUCAGCAUCUUCAUCUCCAAGCAGAGAUGGUAAACAUUGCUUAUUUUUGAAAGCAUCUGAGAACUUCAAAUCAACUGUUUAUGUUUAUGUUAAAUCCGUAAGAGAUUGUUCUACAGAAUCAAUGUCUUUGGCUCCAGCCACACAUUAUGUAUAUACACCCCUGAAUCAACUUAAAGGUGGCAUGAUUGUGAAUGUCUAUGGUGUUGUGAAGUUCUUUAAACCUCCGUACUUAAGCAGAGGAACUGAUUAUUGCUCAGUUGUAACAAUUGUGGACCAGACAAAUGUAAAGCUAACAUGCCUGUUCUUUAGUGGAAAUUAUGAAGCCCUUCCAAUGAUUUAUAAAAAUGGAGAUAUCGUUCGCUUUCACAGGCUGAAGAUCCAAGUAUAUAAAAAGGAGACUCAAGGUAUCACCAGCUCUGGCUUUGCAUCUUUGACAUUUGAGGGAACUUUGGGGGCUCCUAUCAUUCCUCGUACUGCAAGCAAGUGUUUUAACUUCACUGCUGAGGACCAGAAAAUGGUAGAAGCUUUACGUAUUUGGGCAUCGACUCAUAUUUCACCUUCUUCAAUAUCAGUCAAAUUGUGUGAUGUCCAGCCAAUGCAGUAUUUUGAUCUGACUUGCCAGCUCUUGGGCAAAGCUGAAGUGGAUGGAGCAUCAUUUCUUCUAAAGGUAUGGGAUGGCACCAGGACCCCAUUCCCAUCUUGGAGAGUCCUAAUGCAGGACCUUGCUCUUGAAGGUGAUUUAAGUCGCAUCCGUCAGCUGCAGAAUCUGACAGUAGACAUUUUAGUCUAUGAUAACCAUGUUCAAGUGGCUAAAUCUCUAAAGGUUGGAAGCUUCCUUAGAAUUUAUAGCCUCCAUACCAAACUUCAGUCAGUCAGUUCAGAGAACCUGGCAACGUCUUUAGCCCUAGAGUUUCACCUUCAUGGAGGCACAAGUUAUGGUCGGGGAAUCAGAGUCUUGCCUGAAAAUAACUCCGAUGUGGAUCAGCUGAAAAAGAUUUUAGAAUCUGCAGAUUUGCCCCCCAACCAGAGUUUUGGUGGUGUGUGUCAAUCAGAGCAAGAGGACAGCUUUUCAAACAUUUCAAGCUCUGGAUCAGUAUCACUAUAUGAAGUUGAAAGAUGUCAACAACUAUCAGCUACAAUACUUACAGGUCAUCAAUAUUUGGAGAAAACCCCACUGUGUGCUAUUUUGAAACAAAACACUCCUCAACAAUAUCGUAUCCGAGCAAAACUGAGAUCAUAUAAGCCCAGAAAACUCUUUCAGUCUGUCAAACUUUAUUGUCCUAAGUGUCAUUUACUGCAAGAAGUGCCACAUGAGAUGGAUUUGGAUAAGAUUUUGCAAGAGGGUACAAGCAAAACCCCAGAUAUCAAGCUACAAAAUACAUCCUUAUAUAAUUCGAAGGUCUGGACCACUAAAGAUCAAGGAGGACGAAAAGUAGCUAUUCAUUUUGUGAAAAAUAAUGGUAUUCUUCCACUUUCAAAUGACUGUCUAAUUUUGAUAGAAGGAGGUACACUCAGUGAAAUCUGCAAACUCUCAGACAAGUUUCAUAGUGUAAUUCCUGUAAGAUCUGGCCAUGAAGACCUGGAAGUCCUUGACCUUUCAGCUCCAUUUCUUAUACAAGGAAAAAUACAUCACUAUGGAUGUAAACACUGCUCUAAUUUGAGACCAAUAAAAAAUCUAAAUUCCCUGGUUAAUAAAACAUCGUGGAUUCCUUCUUCUGUGGCAGAAGCACUGGGCAUUGUUCCCCUCCGACAAGUGUUUGUGAUGACAUUUACUCUUGACGAUGGAACGGGAGUAUUGGAAGCUUACCUCAUGGAUUCUGAAAAUUUCUUCCAGAUUCCAGCAUCAGAAGUCUUAAACAAUGAUAAUCUUCAGCACAGUAUGGAAAUGAUCAUGGAUAUGUUUUGUCCUCCUGGAGCAAAAAUUGAUGCAUAUCCAUGGCUGGAAUUCUUCAUCAGGUCAUAUAAUGUCACAAGUGGAAAGGAGCAGCAGAUAUGCUAUCAGAUUUUUGAUACUACAAUUGCAGAUGAUGUUAUCUAAUUUUGACAUUCAGCUUAGAGC